GCUCGCUCUCUCGCUCCAUGAUGCCUUGCGCUGUCCCGCUCUCUCGCGCGCUCCCUGUAUUUACUCGCGUGAGAGCAGAGCCGCCGCUGAUGUAACGGGCCACACUCAACUUCAGCGAGCGGAGCAACAUAACGGACCUCAACCGGACCGAAUUCACGGACAUCACACGAAGAGAGUGUUUACAAGGCGCUAAAGGGAAAAACACAGCAUCUCUUGGUUCUGUUCUGACGGAGAGAAGUGGACCCGGACUGAGGAUUGUGGCGGUCCGGGACUGCAGACACACGCAGUGAUAAGAGCAGCAUGCAGACCAGAGAGCCUGUAAGGGGGGCAUGCAGAGGUGAGGAAUGACAUCAUCCAGAUGAGAGGCAUGGAGCUGAAGGUAUGGGUGGAUGGAGUGCAGCGCAUCGUCUGCGGGGUCACAGAGGUCACCACGUGUCAAGAGGUUGUGAUUGCAUUGGCCCAAGCAAUAGGACGGACUGGUCGCUACACAUUGAUUGAAAAAUGGCGUGAGACAGAGAGGCAUUUGGCACCCCAUGAGAAUCCUGUGGUCUCUCUGAAUAAAUGGGGUCAGUACGCUAGUGAUGUGCAGUUAGUGCUUCAACGUACUGGCCCUUCUUUGAGCGAGCGCCCCACUUCAGAGACCUCAGCAAGAGCCCCUGAGCGUACCCUAUAUCGCCAAAGUCUCCCUCCCAUGGCAAAGCUCCGCCCCACAGCCAAUGAUCGUUCCCUCAAACGCCGUGAACCAAAACGCAAGUCCCUCACUUUCACUGGUGGUGCCAAAGGGUUGCGUGACAUCUUCGGAAAGAGUCGUGAAGGUGACACAAAGCAGAGAGCAGUCAACACAAAUCGUUGCAGCACACCAGCACCUACACAGGAGUUGUCUCGCCUGGUGCAGCUGCAGAAGGAAAAGCUGCACAUCCUAGAGCAGAAACUGCAACGCUGUGAGACUGAGCUGCAGCAGCAAUUAACUGAGGAAGAAGAAGAGGAACUGGUUGAACUAGAGCAGCAGGUCCGCAGGAAUGAGGCAGAGAUGAAGGAGCAUGAAUUCUGGGAGAAUGAGCUGCAGAUUGAGCAGGACAAAGAAAGGCAACUGCGUGAGCAACUGCAGGAACUGCGCAGCCGUGUACAAGAGUGCGAGGAGCAGCUGGGAGAGUACCUAGCACGUAUUCAGUGCAUGGAGGCAGGGCUGGAGGCAGAGCGCCUGCAACAAGAGCUGAUGGAGACUCGACUGGCAGAUGAAAUGGAGGUUCGGUUGCGACUGGACAAGGCACGCACUGAGCUGGACAUACAGGUGCAGCAGGCUCUGAGACUAGAAAGCACCUGCAGAGCUGUGGAGCUGUCGCUUGGGCAUUCAAACAUUAGGCUACAGGAGAAAGAGCUAGAGCUGGAACAGUUAACUAAGGAGCUGAGACAGGUAAAUCUUCAGCAGUUUAUCCAACAAACUGGCACCAAAGUAACAGUUCUACCAGCAGACCCUGGUGAGGAUGAAUCCAACACAGAGGCAGAAAAUGAGUCUGGAUCUCUGAAGCGGCUUGGAUCAGCCAGACAACUUCCUGCUGACCUCAGAGCUCUGCAGAGCCCCCUCAACACAACCUUUAACCCUGAAGGCAUCUACGUCUGAGUUUGCACUGGGCAUUGAUUUCUGAUUUCCUACAAGACCCUUUAUCACUCUCAAAUCAUGAAUAUUUUCUUUCGAGAGAUCACACACUCUGGAACUGUAGAGCUAUUGGUUUUGCUCUACAAAAAAAAAAGAAAAAGAAAAUCAUCAACAAGCAGUGAGUGUGUUCCUGGUGAAAAUACCUUCUUUAUGGAUGUCUGACUAAUCCAAUCCAAUCAGUGCUUUCUCUAAAUCCUACCAUCUUCAGCUGAAUGUAUGCUCACUUUCAUUGGACCCAAAGGUGGCUUUGAAAAUGAACAUGGCUACUGAACUACUGAACUCAUCCAGAAAAGAGACAGAACACAUCCUGCCUCAGCCUACAUUUAACCCAUCAAUCUUCUGGUGCAAGUAAGAAAUUGCAGCAUCAUGAUGUCUUUCAUUUCUAGAAUGUUUCUGAAACUCCAGGUAAACCUCACACUCAAUGCGAUUAUGCAAGCAGCAGGAAUUUUAGGGAGGUGCAAAGAGACUGUUGAGGAUGAUGAAUUAUGCAGUUUAUAUUUUAUGGCUCAUAGUUGUGAUGAAAGCUCAUAGAAGGUGGUGGGGUUCGCCUUAGUUUGCACUUUAUUGGCCAAAACAUCUGCUGUGGAACUGAAAUCUAAAAAGCUGAAGAAUCAUUUUCUGCGUUUGAUCGCGCUAAUCAGGAAAACAGGUGCAUGUGAUAUUUUAAAAUGCUGCAAGAGUAAAAAAGAGAGGUGUUUUUGCAUGAACGCUGGCAAGUGAAAUUUGUUACCUUUUAAAAUGAAGCUAAGGAACAUGAUUUGGUGUGAAACAGAUUUUUCUUUUUUAAAGCAACCUUUUAAAUAUGCAAAUACAGAACAAUGUAGUCAUACACAACUGGUUAAGAUCAGCGUGUUCUGCUGAGGCUUGUAGUGAACGUUUUUGGCCAAUAAAUGCAUUUGACACUGAAUAUUUAGGGUUUUUUGGGGGGUUUUUUUUUAGGUCACAUCUUAUUCAAAAUUAAAUGAGUUGAAUAUAUUUUAAGCUAAACAUUAGUGUUUUACUAGUUUUCAGAACUAUAUUUUAUUUCCAAUCAAACCAAAGUGUUCUGGAAGUCAUCAAUUUCUUCAUGAAUGUCGAGAUUUGUGUGUGCAAAGGGAAGGAGCUCCAAAAUACUAUGUUGAUAUGUUUUUGAAUGUUUUUUUUUAUGAAAUGUAGCAGCUUCUCUCAAAGUCCCAUUUACACAGAUGCCGAAUGACUUUAUUUUUACAUUAAUUAUAGACAAAAUCAAGAUCUUUUGCAAGCGUGUAUAAGGAGGUGUUCAUUUAGAUUUGCUGUAGUAGCUUCUAGAUUUGCAUUCAUAUUUUUGUAAACUAAAUACUAAGCUCACUGACUAAUUACACAUAUAUAUUAUUAUUUUGUAUUACUAUUUUGCCAAAAGACAGCAUUUUAUGGUGACUCGUGCAUGACUGAAUAAUUUUUUUACAAACAAAAGACAAGCUUGGUUUUAACCGCAAUACAUCAUGUUACGUUAUCUAUACAUUAAAAAAAAAUCCGUCGGCUUCUUUGUUUCAAUAUUUGUAUUUUUUGGAGCAGUCAUGUGUUGAUUUCACAGAACUGGUGCUCGGAUGAUCUACAAAAGAGCAUUUGGCUGUCUGAAUAGCGCAUGACUUGAAGAACUAAGUCAACUUUGUGUAACGACAAGGAGAACGAAUGAGAAGCAUGCCUUACUAAAAUAAAAAAUAAAGUGUAAAUAGCAUAUAGCAACAUAUCAGUAAGUAGCAAAGAGGACUAUUUUUAACAUAGAUGAAAAAAAUGCACAGCUAAAAUAAACUAAAUGUUUUUUUUAUUUCUUAGCACUGUUAGGCAGCAUGCACUGACUUUCUGUUUUAAGCUUGUGUGAGAGGCCUGAGGAUCCACCUAUGGCACUUAAUGCAGGUGUAACUCAACAGGGCUGUAUUAAGAUGUAAACGGACUGCGCUGAAUGCCUGUGUUAAUAUCUGUGCAAUUGUAACAGGCUUGAGGUUUGGGACUGAUGUGUGUGCAUUAAAAUGAACAGUGUGUAUUCUAUCACCUGCUGCUACGCACAUGGAUGUGACUAAAAGAACUUUAAACUGAAAGUUGUUCAGAUCAAAUGGCAUCAUGAUUUGAUUUCUCAAGCUUUGACCUUUAAUGCAGUACCAAAAUCCCUUUGGGCAACAAACUUCUAUUUAGCUCUAUUUUUUAACAAAUUAUGUUAAUUAUACUACUUUCUUCUUGAGAAGUCAAAUGCCUGGAAAACAAAUUGAAAUGAUUUAUUCUGACUUGUUUAUUGAGCAGCAUAAACUAUUUCUGCCAUCAGUGGAAAAGGUACAGUAACAUUGUAAAAUACUAAAUAAAUUUAGAAUAGAGCA